GGCAGGUUUGGGGAUGUUCCAGCACAAGGGCUGGUUCCCCUCGCUGGCAAUAUCGCUGUCCUGGGCCGGUUCCUGAGCUGUUUGCUCCCGUGCCUGCCGUGGGCUGAGCUGGGAACACAAAAACCUCCUGGGAAGUGCCUCUGCUUUCCCUCCCAGGGUGGCUGUAAGAUUUGGAACCACCUUAAAAUCGAGGUGGAAGCCACACCCUCUGGUAACCCAAGUUGGUAGCAACAGUGCUGGACCUCCCUGGAGAGUUCCUUAGAGAUCCCUGGGUCCUUCCUUGGCUUCUCAGUCGCUGCCUGCCCAACGCUGUGCAGAGAUCCCGGCCUCUGAGCACAUGGAUCUCGGAAUUGCUGCAGAGAAUGAGAAUGUGAGUAUCCUGACAGAGCUGACUGAAAAUACAGGGGUGAAGGUCUGCAGCUCCUUCCCAGGCCAUGGAGCCAGCACUCUGCCAAGGGAAUCCUACCUACAGGGGAGAAAGGGCAGCUGGAAAGGCUGGCUGGAAUUUGUUGAGGUUCUGGGAAGCUGGAUGUGCUGAGCUGUUCCAGCAGCAGUGGUGGGCACGGGGAGAGGAGAGCUCGGCUGGAGCUGCUCUGUGCCUCCAGGUGCAGCUGGAGGACAGGAACCAGGACAUGCACCAGCUUGGAGACCCACAGGAGGAGAUGGGGAAGCUGCCUGGCUCCAAGACAGAUUUCCCAGCCAGGAUGGCCCUCAGUGAAGAGGAAAAACUGAAGAUUUCCAAAGACCUCGUGGAUCUGCAGAUCGAGACAAACAAAAUGAAGGAGCGUUACGAGACCGAGAACUUCAGACUGAAAAACACGAUGCAGGCCCUGGAGAGGAGGGUGCAGGAGCUGGAGCUGUGCAGUGCCAGCGUGACUUGGGAGCGAGAUUCCCUGCGGGAGCGCCUGCGCGCCCUGGAGAGCAGCCGGCAGGAGCUGGGGGAGGAGUUCAUCAUCCUGAAGAGCAAUUACCUGGCCCUGGGCAGAGAGCUGGACCAGGAGGUAAUGAGGAAUGAGGAGCUGACCCAGGAGCUGCUCAGCCUGGCCAAAGAGAGCAUCCACCCCCCUGGCUCAGCCCAUCAAUCCUCCCCCAAGCUGGGAAGAGGGAGAGCAGCAGGACAUCCUCACUCUGCUCGGAGGGGGAAGCCUGAGGACGCAGCUGCCUCUGAACACGAGCAGCAGGAGCUGGAAAGAAACUUGCUUGGAAACCAGGAUCACAUAAAAGUGGAGCUGGAGAAACUGAAGAAAACCCAGGAUGAGAAGCAGCAGAGGCUGGAGGAGCAAAUGCUGGUGCUGGGGAAGGAGCUGCAGGAGGUGAGGGGAGCAGAACUGUGCUGCACGGUCGGGGACAGGCGGCACAGGCUGGUGGAACAAUCAGCGGUGCUGCUCACAUCCCAGGGCCAGCUCCAGGAGGUGGAGGCAGAGAACUCCCGGCUGCAGCUCCAGCUGAAGGAGCUGAACGAGGAAUAUCGCUCCCGGCUGGCGCGGUACAUCAGGGACGUGGCGAACUACAUGGACAGCAAACCCAGCAGCGUGACAGGCCACAGCAAAGCCCCAGCUGGCCAAGCUGCCAUGAAGAACUUUGUGGAGAGCAUGCUCAAGGAUAUCCGGGCUUCCUACAAGUCCCGGGAAGAGCAGCUGGCUCGGGCAGCUCGUGGCUACAAGAAACGCAUGAAGGACUUGGCCAAGAAGCACGAGAACCUGCUGAUUGCCUAUGGGCUGCAGCGGGAGCAGAUCCGGUCCCUGGGGAGCAGUGCUGUGGAUUGUGGCCCUGCUGAGCUCCACUUCUCCAUCACAGACCCAGAGCUGCUGACAAACAGCUCCCGGGAGCUGAACCGGCUGCGGGAGGAAAAGGCAAAGCUGGAGAUGCAGCUCCAGGAACUGCAGAAGAAAAACCAGAAAGGAGCCUCUGCCUUUCCAGUGCCUCCCGAGCAGCAGCUGGAUGAGGAGGGCUGGGCAGAGGUGAGGAAGAAGCUCCGGGAAUUCACUCUCAACAGCCAGGAGGAGCUGGAGCAGGAGAGAAGCCAGCUGCUGACUCGGGCUGUGGUGGCAGAGGAGCAGGUGGUGGAGCUGCAGGGGUACAUCGAUCAGCACCUUGCCAGGUACAAGCAGGAGAUCCUGCGGCUGAGGAACUCCGAGGGCAGCGAGGUGCCUGAGCCAGCAGUGCCAGCCACGAGCCACAGCCCUGGGAACACCCAGACUCCAAGGGAGGACUAAAAUGAGACAACUGUGAUGUCUGUCCCCAGCCAUCCAUCAGCUGCAGGAAUUCUGCUCUUCCCUGAGCACGGGGUCAGGCUCCCAGACUUUACUGCUGCCUUGUGGGGACAGGUUCUUGCUCCUGCUGUAACUUUUUUCCUGGAUGAAAAGUUCCUUGGACCAGGGGUUGCUCCUGCCUCACUCCCCUCAUGGCUCCCACGAGACAGAGCCAAGGUUGGCUCAGACCAGGAUUUGUUCUGGGGUUGGACAAAGGGAUGAGCUGCUCUUUUACUGUGAAGGUGGUGAAAGGUUGCCCAGAGAAGCUGUGGCUGUCCCUGGGUCCCUGGCAG